AUGAACACUUAGGAAUAACAUAACCAUAUAAAUAAUCAAAAUGAAAUAGCAAAUGAUUCAAAACAAGCUACAAACAAGAAGACUCUUAAACAGUAGAAACUAGAUGAUAAGUAAGAACUCAAAAAGCCCAUUAAUGGAAAACUAUAGUUUGGUGAUAAGUCUAUAUGUCGACUAUGCAAAGUUUCCACAAUGUCUACACUUACUAUUAUUUGCAUUCGAUGUCAUUUCAAAUACCAUUAAGAAUGUAUACGCACAUAAAACUAAGAACCAUAAAUUUAGGAUGGUAAAAAAUGGCAUUGUUUGUCUUGCCUAGAUAGAAUAGAGAAAAUAAAAUUUAAGGAAUCAACACUUUAAAAAAAGAAACAGUACAAUUAAAUACAAGAUUUCUUUUAAAAAACAGUUCAACCAUAAGAAGACAGAAUCAAAAAGCUUAAUGAAUUUUAGAUGCUUUAUCCUACUUAUAUAUAAUAAGGUAGAGUAUCCUUUCCUAUAUUGGAUGAAUAUUUGACAGCAUACUAAGGAUUAUUCAAUAUUGAACCCAAAAAGAAGCCCGCUCUUCGAAUAGAUCCAGUAAUUCCUUAAGAAAUAUUUGAAGAUAUACUAAAAAUUUGGGAUACUUACAAUAAUAUGAACAAAAUUAUAAGUGAUAUUCUUCAAGAACAAUAAAUAGAAGGUAUAUUUUAAUAAAUAUUGAUUAUAGCUUAAUAAUAAUCAAACAACAUUGGAACUUUGAUUCACUUUCAAGAUAAUCUUAUAUUAUAUAAUCAAAAAUCGAGAGUAGAAAUCUAUUAAACUUUGUAGCAUAAUCCCCAAGAACUAAUCUUAUUUUUUUGCUAUUUCUAUUUAAAAUAAAUUAUUGAAGAUUUGGAUAUAGAAUAAAUGUAAAAAUAAUAAUAUGUAUUAUAUAUAUUUUAUAUAGAAAAUACCUUAUUGGCAACUUAUGGGAUACAUGUGGUAUACAAAUAGAUAGAAAUAUUAUUAAUUGAUAAGAGAUGAUGUAAAAUAAUUACCAAAAAAUAUAUCUAAAUAAGGUAUUUUAUAAAUCCCUGAUGAUUUAAUUGAUUAUGUUGAUUAUUCAAAUAUUAGUAAAUUGACAAAACUUGUAAUUACUUUGGCUGAUGGAGUAGAAUCUUUAAAGAGAACUUAGUUUCUCUACUAAUAAAGAAUUGAAAAUAUACUCUCAAAUAAUAAAAUAAAAACUUAGUUGGGAAUGUAAAUCAAAGAAUAAAGAAGUAAAUAAGUAGAAAUAAAUAAUGAAAUUACUGAAUCUGAUAGUCAUUUUUAAAUGGCAAAAGUAAAAUUUAUUUUUAAUUUAAUUUAGUCAAAAUUAUUGGAAGAAGGAUUAAGUCGUACAGAAACUUAAUAAUUUAGUCAAUAAAUGGAAAGUGCCUAAAAGCAAACCUAAAAAUUAAAAUAAUAAUUUUAAAAAUUAGAAAAAGAAAUUAAGAAUUUAACAUAAAGAUUCAAAUAAUAAGAAAAGGUAUUAUAAUAUUAAUAAAUAUAAGGAAUUGGCUAUCAUAUAAAUUACAUCUUUAGUAUUAAAUCCUUCUGUUUUCUUAGGAUAUGAUAAUAAGAAUAGUUAAUAUUAUUUCUUCCUUUGGGAAACAGAUAAAAUCUUUGUCUGUUAGAAGCAUUCAAUAAUUGAUGAUGAAAUUUCUUAAUGGGGUUAUUAUGAUCUUAUAGAUGUUAAUGUAUUAAUGGAAAUACUUUGUUAAAAGGGAGUUAGAGAAAAUUAAUUAAGAAAUAAUAUAUUAGAAUUAUAAAGAUAAAAAUUGUUAAUAGUAAAUUAAGAAGAGGAAUAGAAAGAAUUAAAAGUGAAUGACUAAAAUAAUGAUAUAGAUAUUGAAUAAAAUCAAAUUAGUAGUACAAAAGAUUAAAAAAUAAAUAGUUUAGAGAAUUUAGAUAUUGAUAUGUUAUUAUAGGAAUUUAUAAAUAUUGAAAAUAUGUUGAAUGAUUAUUUAAAUCAAAGAAAUUCAAGAUGGUGUAGUAGUGAAAUUAGAAAUGCAUUUUUAAUUAGUUUCUAAAAUGUAAUUUAAAAAAAAUUGGAUAAGAAUUAUGAUGAAUAGGAUCUUGCUCCUUUUUGUAAAGCAAUCGAAUUUUUUGUUGAUAAUACUAUGAUAUAAGAAAAAUUAGUAUUAAGACCUGAAGAAGAAAUUUAUGGAAAUGAGAAACUAUAAUAAUAAAAUGAUGAAGAAGAAUCUUAUUAGUAAUAGUUUAGAAAAAGGAAAGUUAUUGAUGAUGAUUCUUCUUCUGAAUAGCAAUUAUAAACAGCAGUUUAAUAAUUAGAAUAAUUAGAUAUAGGUAAAGUGAGAGUUAGAAAAUUGCCAAUGAAAUUAUUCGGCACAUGUUAUGAAACUUUGAGAUUGAAUUUAAUAGAAUAAUUAAAAUAAGAUUGUAAUCUAGUCAAAUUGAAGAUAUGUUUAGAAGUUCUUGGUUAAAUAGUUUAAGAUUACAUAAAUAGAAAAAUUACACAAUAAAUAGUACCUGAAAAAAAAAAAGUAGAAGAAGUGAAUAUCAAUAAAUAAACCCAAAUAGAAUAUGUUUAAGAAUCAGAAAUUAAAUUUGAAAGUUCAAGAUAAAGUUAAAAAUAAAGAAUAAAGUCUAAAUCAUAGUCAAAUCAUAUUGAGAAUAAAUGGGAAGAUAAAUGUAAGUCAUGUGGAAAAGGAGGUAAACUUAUUUGUUGUGAUACUUGUCCUAAAGUAUUUCACACUAAGUGUUUAGGACUUAAAGAAGUACCAAAAGGAAAGUGGAAUUGUUUAGUUUGUUUAAAUAAUUUUGAGAGAUAAGUCAAAACUAGAGCAAUUAUUAAGAAAUUAGAAAAUUAAUGA